CAUCCGCAUCCUAGCAACAGCGUCGUCCAUGUUCUUUCAGAUUGGAUCGUAGGUUUGCCUCCAGUGGGGACUUCAGGCGUUCACAACUUGCAAAAUGGCAGAUAACGAAGAACAACAGCAGGCAGGAGAUGUCGAUGAAGCAAAAGUGGAAGAUCAAAAUGGAGAGCAACAAGAAGCUAACCAACAAGAAGCCGACCAAAAUCAGUCAGCUGAAGCAGCCAAAGAUAACUCAACAGAGCAAGAGCCUGUAGAGGAAGAGGGCACUGGUGAACAAGCUGUAGCAGAAGGAGAGGAAGCUGGCGAAGCUGCCAGGAACGACCAGCAGUUGGAAGACAAUGAACGCAAUCUAGAGAAUGAAGAACAAGGACUUGUGGAUGACGAGGUUGUGAAAACUGAUGGUCAAACUGAAGAUCAAGAAUUGAUACCUGAAGAUAGUCAGCAACAAGCAGAAGCCAGUCAAGGUGAUGAUCAACUUCAGACUGAGGGUGAAAUUGAACCUGACACAAAAGUGGAAGAAAAUUCUGAGGCACAGGAAGAUGCUGAUGAUGGAGGGGCAAAACAAAUGGAAGAAACAGGCAAAGAAGAUAGUGAAAAAGAAGAAAAAGUAGGAGAAGAAAUUACCCAAGGCCAACAAGGGCUGGAAACUGAAGCAGAUGCAGAGCAAUCUAGAGACACAGAAACAGUAGAAAAUGAAGAUGCUCAAGAAGAUCAACAGAAAAAUUUGAAUCAAGAAAUGGAAGAAGAUUCUAAAGAGCAAGAAACUGAAAAUAUCACAGACAAUGUGCAAGGUGAAGAGGCAAAAGAGGAAGAUCAAGAAGCUGUACAAGAGGACGACGAUGAGCAGGAGGAAGAGAAAGUAGAAGAAGCAGAUGGGCAAGAAAUCACCGGUGAACAAAUAGAAGCUCCAAACAUCCAUCCUGAUGAAGCUGUUGCAGAACAAGCGUCUCAAGAAGAAGAAAAUGCUGAAGAAACUGCUGCCACUCAGCUAGUGACAGAAGGAGGUCAAGAAAAGCAAGUGGAAAGUGGAGAGGCAGGAGAUGAAGCUGCUGUCCAACAGGAGGCAGGUGAAGAAGAACAGAAAGAUGAACAGGAAGUUGCUGAAGAGGAAAAAGAAGAGCAAGGUGAACAGAUGGAAGAGUCGGCAGCUCAAGAACAAGAGGUUACAGAGCCACAAACUGCUGAGGCUGAAGCUGAGGCUGAGGCUGCGGCUGAGACUGAGGUACAGGCAACCACCGGAGAAACGCAGGAGGAGGCAGGUGACAGCCAGGCCCAGGAGGGUGCUGGGGAUCAGACUGGGGAUGUUCAGCUGGAGAAACAGGAGGCUGGGCUGGAGGGAGAGGAGCAGCUGCAGCUGACACAGGAACAGUCAGACUUGAACCAAAGUGCAAAUGCACCAGCAAGUACUUCAGAGGAUAUUUCUGCAGUGCCACCAGCUCCGCACCUUCCUACACCCAUGAGAUCUCACACCGAGAUUGAGGGUCAGAUGUCUACAUCUGCUCUGAAUGUUGUGUGGUCCUUUGGCCUGAACCGCAAUGUGCCUGUCCUGAACCUGAGUGACGGUGUGAGGCAAGCCAUCAUGUACCCGUGCGCUCAUGUGGGGAUCAUGUACGACUUCAAGAACAACAAGCAGCACAUCCUUCAAGCUCAUCUGAACCCCAUCACAUGCUCAGCCGUGUCACAAGACAAACGCUGGCUGGUCACUGGAGACGUGGGCCCUGAUGCCAUGGUCAACAUCUGGGACACCUACACAGGCACUCCAAUCCAGACCAUGUUUGACCCAAACCCCUCUGGUGGUGUGGUAGCUGUGGCCUUGACACCAGACUCCAGAUAUCUGGCAACUAUGAGUGCUCUACCAGUGCAGACCUUGGCUAUCUGGGACUGGACUGUGGAUGGAGACGUCCCUCUGUGCUCUGCUGACCUCAAACCUGAAUACGGCAUGCAGAACUUUAUCUACUUUGACCCCACGGACAUCCACCACGUAGUCACAAACAGCGAGACUCAGGUUCUCUUCUACCACUGGGACACGACUAUGAACUAUUAUGCGCCUCCACUGACCGACAGCGACUUCAAUAAACCUGUAGGUCGCUACAGCCAGUCCGUCUUCCAGAUUGGUAUUGCUCGAGCUCUUACAGCCACCUCCAUUGGAAACUUAGUGGUCUGGGAUAACAACAAGCCCCUGUCCAAAUUGUACGAGAAACCAGAGGUAGAUGUGUGGACAGGACUACCAAUCAUGGAUGUCAACCAAUCAGCCGACAAGAAGCCACUGAAAAUCAUCAAGGUCCAUGAUAAAGGAAUCAAUGUUCUCACUACCACAGACAACUACAUUGUGCUUGGUGACACUGCAGGCCAUGUGAAAUUUUAUGAUCAAGGGCUGAGACUGAUCUACUGGUAUGCUGAUUUCCACACUGGACCCUGCACUGCUAUUUCUUUCGCCCACAUGCCAGAUUUUGUGCCAAUACCCUCUGAAGGCCAAAAGUUCCCCUCCGAUGCCACUAAAUCAGCAAAACCUUUUGUUGUGAGGGAUUUUGUGGUGGGAACAGCUAUUGCCGUGUAUGGGAAUGUCAACACAGACGGCAGUAAGUUCAAGGUGAUACACAGAGAGCAUGAUGCAGCAGUGCAUGCCCUGGCAGCCCACCCAAAACUGCCCAUCAUUGCCAUGGGAAGCUACUCUGGAUUAUUGAAACUUUGGAACUAUCGUACAAAAGAAACAGUGGCGUCAAGAAUGUUUGACAAACUGCACAUUCAGACCUGUGCCUUUGACCCAAAGGGCUUGUACAUUGCCCUUGGCUGCACAAAUGGAGCUGUUUUCCUGGUGGACUCUGUGGCCUUGUUGGAUCAGCUGGCAGAGCCCUACAGAUAUGCCAAAGACACCAUCACGCACAUUGCCUUCUCACACAACUCAACAUACUUUGCAACAGCGGAUGCAGGUUUUGCUGUCACUGUUUUUAAACGGCAGCGGAAACAAGGACGGAAUCCUUACAUCUGGCAUGGCCGCUACCGGUCGCACUACAAGCCUAUCAAAGACCUCAUUUUUGGAACUCACCUGGACACAAAUGAACCCAAACUGCUCACUUUGGGUGAGGACAGGAUGCUGUACAAGCUCAAAUGUUACAACAGCGUCACCAAAAUGUGCAGGAAGACAGUGCUAGGCCCAACCUAUGGGUCACCCAUGAGGAAAAUGAUGGUCGUGCCUACGACAGGCCCUGAGCACACAGAUCGUUAUCUUGCGUACAUCACCGAUGACAAAGUCGGCCUACAUUUCCUUCCAGCGACCGGCAAUCCACAUUUAGCAAUGGCCUUGAUAGCUCAUCCUAGUGGAGUGUCAAAUCUGGCAUGCAGCUUUGAUGGAGCGUAUCUGUUCACAGCUGGAGGACCCGAUUAUGCUGUGCACAUGUGGGAGAUCAACAUCUCUGCUCUGGAAGCCCAGGCCAAACUGGGAGGAGAAGACCUGAUCCCAUUUUAUGGGCUGCUGGAGGGUGGUCGCGAUGGGGAGAUGUUUGCAGAGCUGGAGGAUCUCUUCUACUACGCCCAGCUGAGACACCAAGGAAUUAACUCCAUGGAGACGAGAGAGAUUGGCAACCGCGUUCCAAUCAGCGAAGUGCCCUUCAUCAUGAGGGCAAUGGGAUACUAUCCAUCAGAGCAGGAG